GCCUGACAUUAGAUUUCCCUCAUUCGUUUUAUUAUUUAGGAUAGAUAUCUUAAGCUGUUUUGGCCCCCAAAGCACAGUAGAUCUCAGACGCAGAUCCAUGCUGCAGUUUAAUUAACCGCCAUGAAACUAUCGACAGUGGCGUCUUGUUAGCCCCAUACUAUUGGCUCUAGCUCAGGGCAUCGACGUGCUUAAACGUGAAUCUCCCCUGAUCUAUUCCCGUUCUCUUUUCCUCCCUCUUCUUUGAUUUUCUGGGGAAGUCAAGAUGCCUUCAACAAAGUCCAUCGCCGUUGUCGCGACCCUCGCAGCAGGUGUUAGCGCAAACAAUUGCAAACCAUCACCGAGACCUACAACUGAAAUGACCACCGCAACACCAACAUCUGCAACAAGCACCAUCACCGAAGCUCCCAGCACAACAUCAACAACAACAUGCCCCGCCUACACACUCAUCGAGGAACCAUCCGAAGAUAUAAACUGCAACGUACGCGGUGAUCUUAAAGAGGGGGAUAGUCAGGUUCUCGAGAGUUUAUACCUUGAGGAUUGCGCGCAGAAAUGUAAAGAGUUUGAUCUUUUCAACUGUGAGCUUAUCAGCUUCGAAGAACCUGCUUCGCCGUCGGAGAAGGGAAGUUGUACGCUUUAUCCGGAUAAUGACUUUGUGCCGAGGGCGAGAGGUGGGGAGGUUGUGUAUUAUGAUUCGAGGUGUUUUGCGUGUUAUACAAGGGGAGGCAGGGGAGGGAGGAAGCUUAGGGGAAGGAUUAGGAGGAGCUAGAUGUUGGGUUCGUGAUGGUGUUGUGAUGUUUUGAAGAUUGUGCUUUUGGGUCGUUGCGAGGUUCUUACGCAUCAUUGGCUCUUCAGGGAUUUCUCCUUCGUGCGGCUUAGCUUAUCGGCACAGGUUGUCUGCGAACUCGAACUCUCAUCAUAUAGUCAAGUCCCACUGGAUGUAAAUAAUAUGUCUUAUUCAUUCUCAUGCAUCUUAUCAGAUAAGCAUCUCUCGAUCUUGGCAUUGUCUAAAAACAGUAAGCGACUGAUCGGCUAUGAACCUUGAUGGAUCCUCCACUGAAAAAGAACUGGUC